AUGGAUGUGCCGGCGCCGGGGCUUGGGCCGCCGCGCGGAGGCCGGCCACCGAGCACCGCCCCCACCCCUCGGCUCUCUGCCUCUCGGGUCAACACCCUGAACUCGCGACUUGAUGUGGCACGCACCGAGUCGCGCCUGCUCGUGCAGGAGCGCGACGCCGCCAUCCAGGAGCUGGCUGCCGCCAACCUCGAGAAGAGCCGUCUCGCCAAGGACAUGGCCCUGGCGCAGAAGGAGCACGAGGCCACCACGGCCAACUUGCGCGACCUCCUGGCCAAGGCCCAGGAGCAGGUCACCCAGCUGACCGAGCGCCUGGACAAUGCCCAGCUGGAGAUCAACAACCUGCACAUGAAGCUGCGCGCGCGGUCGCUGUCCGACACGUCGGGCAUCCCCUCUGGCGAGUCGCCCUCCACCCCGAUGCCCGGGGCCGCCAUGCACAUGCACCAGGAGUCCUUCAGUGGCGGGGCCCUGAGCCCGCGCCACCCGCCGCACCAGCACCACCACCACCACCACCACCACCAGCAGCAGCAGCAAAUGCAGGCGGCCACCGGAGGCAGCCCUGACAACGGCCAGGGGCUUUCCCGCCGCGCGAGCAUCCUCCUCCAGAGCGAGCACUCCCCCAGCAUGUCCCUCAGCGCCAUCACCCUGCCGGGAUUCUUGCAGCCCGCCCGCAGCCUCAUCGCCGCGGCCGAGCACCGUGACACCCAUGAGAUCAUCAGCCACACCGGGGCCAUCGUGUUCAUCGUCAGCCAGUUCAUCGAUGACUGCCUGCUCAUCUGCAAGGACUCGCCGGCCAUGCCGCUGGAGGUCCGGGAGUUUGUCUUCAUCAUCGAGAAGGACCUGCAGCUGCGCCUGUCCAAGCUCCUGAACACCAGCCAGUCGAUUGCCACCGGGUCCGGCCCGCAGAUGGCCGUCCCCGAGAUGACCCCCCUUCUCGUGUCCAUCGGCAACAACACGCAGGAGAUGCUGCGCGCCGUGGCGCCCUUCCGCCCGGUCGCCAUGCACCAGGCGUCCGGCUCCUUUUCCCAGUCUCAGCAGCAGCAGCCCCCGCCAUACCCGCAGCACCAGCAACAAUUUUCCCAGUCACAAUUCUCCCAGCAGCAGCAGCAGCAGCAGCAGCAGCAGCAGCCCUACUACUCGCCGCUCCCGUCGCCACAUCAGUAUCACCACCAGCAAGCCGGCCCCCUGCGGUCUUCGGCCCCGAUCCAGCCUAAUGCCACGCACCCGUCGCUGCUGGGCGCCGGGCAGACCAGCGCGCCGGUUCUGUCGGCCAGCUCGGCCGGCACCGCCGCCGGCGCCGGUCCCCGGCUCAUGGGCGGCGACCCCAUGUCCCCGUCGCAUUUCAUCGGUGGCAGCAUGUCCUCCUCGUCUUCCUCCGGCAUGCUGACAUCCACCAGCGACUCGCCGCAUGGCGGGUGGUCUCCGGCCCCGGGUGGCGGUGGCCCUGGCAGCCGGUCGGGGCCGUCGCCCGGGCCCGGCAACGCGUCGGCCCCGCUGUCGACGGCCACCAUCGACCAGGCCACCGAUGACGGGUCUUCCGGCGUGCACCGGCACAUUGCCAUCCUCAUUGACGAGAUCAUCGCCGAGUCUCGCGGCCUGGCCCAGCAUCUGAAGGCCUACCAGACCAAGCACGGGGAGCUCCGAACCGAGGGGGUUCCCCCGCAUGCCCUGGCCCAUAGCCCCUCCCUGCUGGACCUCAGUGCCCAGUGCCUGGCGGCCCUGGACUGUGUCAUCCGCCCGGCGCAGACCCUUCGCGACUUUGCGUUCUCCCAUCGGACCACGGCCUUCCGCCGGUCUCUCUACAGCGCGGUGGAGAAGCUCCUGACCGACAUCAGCGAGCAUGUUGCCGGGCUGGGCCAGGCCCAGGCGGACCUCCGUGCCAACCCCGGCAUCGGGGCCGAGUCCAUCAGCAGCGUGCUUGUGCCGCUGCUCCGGCAGAUCAACCACCUGAAGUCUCUGCUGCCGCCUGGCUCCCACUGA